GUUAUGAGCCCGUUUUAGCUCUACGAUAUUGAGCUUAAAAAAGCCUUUCAGAUAGGCUAAAUUGUGACCUCUCAUUGGUCAAACCAGAAAUCGAGCGCUUCUAAGCGACUCUGAACACCAGGACCGCCAACAAUCGGCCCCUGAACCCCAGGAUCCUUCGAUCGAUCCCAUCCAAAAUGGUGGUGCCUCGAACGCCCCCUACCACCGCUAGACGUCACCGUCGUCAGCCAGAAUCCACAGAUCCUUCAUCAGAUAUAGGCUCCUCCGCCUCCUCAGUAAUCUCUGAAGAAAUGGACACCCCAACUGCCCCUAGAGCUCAAAGCUCUACUACAGCCAACACCAUGGCAUCCACACCAGACAUCACAGCUCUGUUCCAGCAGAUGCAGGAACAGAUGCAGGAACAAAUGCAGAAGCAGAUGGACCAGUUCAUGACUCGUUUUAAUACCCUUGAACGCCGUCAAUCCCAAUCCUCCACUCCAACAUACAAAAAGAUCCUUUUGAUCAUGUACAAGCUCAAGUUAAAGCGCUCCUACCAGACCGAUGCCGAAUCACACUGUCUCAUGAUAAUUACGACCCCUGGAGUUCAGCCAUUCAAAGAGAAGCCAAUGUCCUGA